AUGACAUUGGAGGGGCGCAGCAAACCGAUUUUUGUUGUCACCAUCACUUUCCUAUGCGUAUCGUUUAUCGCGGUCGCAUUACGAUGCUUUGUCCGAUUAAAGCUCGUGAAAGCCUUUGGAUGGGAUGACGGUUCGAUGGUGUUUGUAAUGGCGUUGAAUAUCUGGUUCGCGACAUGCGGAAUAGCCGGCUCCAUAUAUGGUAUCGGUAAAAAAUUUGACGAGUUCGACAGCUCCGCCGAAAUCAAAAGAGCACUCUUUGUGAAUUUCCCCAAGAUUAUCCACCCAACGAUCAAAUGGUGGUGGCUUGGUCAGUCAGCCUACGUCUGGGUGGUGACAAUAACGAAAAUCUCCGUCGCAAUGUCAAUCCUCCGUUUCACAAUGCGACAGCUUCACUCUGCGAUCAUGUACGCUAUCAUCGGUGUGACAAGUGCUAUCGACAUCGCUUUUUGGUUUGUCCUUAUGUUACAAUGCCAGCCUGUCAGAGAAUUUUGGCAACGAACCGGGCAAGGACACUGCAUCAACACAGACUACGUCAUCAAUGUUGCAUAUCUCUACAGCGCGACUGCCUGUAUUUGCGAUUUCAUGCUUGUAGUGACUGCCGGACAUCUUUUGAAAGAUCUACCGAUGACCCGGCGGACCCAAUGGGGUUUGACUGGAAUUAUUAGCAUGGGUUGCAUUGCAAGUGCCGCUGUCGUGGCCCGCAUUCCUUAUCUCCACAAUUACAAAGAUUCCGAUUUUCUUUAUGCCACUGCUAACAUUUCUAUUUUGUCCAACAUUGAGGCUGGCCUUGGCAUCACUGCUGGAAGCUUGAAUACGGUCCGACCGCUUGUUCGCUGGUUUCGUGGCAUCAGCGACGGCGAAUCACGCAGUGCUGGUAGCACAUCAGGUAAUAUUAUUCACUGCAGCUUUAGUGGGACCCGAAGCCAUCCCCUCAGGGUGAAUUCGAACUCAUCAGAGUAUUGGCGGCAGUGUAUUGAAUUUGGCAAUUCCGGUUACCUCACUACGGCGUCCCGAAAUCAAAUGCGCCGAGGCAAUAGUCAAGAACUAUAUCAUGAAUGUUUAUAG